ACCGGGAAAGAGAAAAAUUCCCGAACAAAUGAAGGAACAAUACAAUUUCUCUGCAACUUCUCUUCCAUUUCGGUGUUCCGUGCUGCUCUCUUAAGAUAUAUACAGUUCCAGAGCCGUGCGAGCUUCUAUAGUUAGAGAAGAGGAGAGGGUUGCAGAGGUAUGUCAGGUGGUAUAGCGCGUGGUCGGCUCGCCGAGGAGCGGAAGGCAUGGCGGAAGAACCAUCCUCAUGGUUUUGUUGCAAAGCCGGAGACUCUGCCUGAUGGGACUGUGAAUUUGAUGAUUUGGCAUUGCACAAUCCCUGGUAAAGCUGGGACAGAUUGGGAGGGUGGUUACUUCCCUCUUACACUCCACUUCAGUGAAGAUUAUCCCAGCAAGCCUCCCAAGUGCAAAUUUCCUCAAGGUUUUUUCCACCCAAAUGUCUACCCAUCUGGCACUGUUUGCCUGUCAAUCCUUAAUGAGGAUAGUGGAUGGAGACCAGCUAUAACAGUGAAGCAGAUCCUUGUUGGUAUUCAGGAUUUGCUGGACUCUCCAAAUCCUGCUGAUCCUGCACAAACUGAAGGUUACCACCUUUUUAUCCAGGAUGCUACCGAGUAUAAGAGAAGGGUUCGCCAACAGGCCAGACAGUACCCAUCUCUUGUCUAGUGUUAGAUCUGCUAUCCUUUAACCCAGGUGAUUAGGUCGCUUGCGUACAUCUUGUAUUGUGUUAAAACUUGCUUUUGCUAAAGAAUUAGUACUUAAAAGUUAUCAGCAACCUGUGCCUAAACUAUAUGGUUGAACUGUUUUUUAACUCUUUAAAUAUUGGGACUUACGGUUGUUAAUAUUAUAUUCUGGUAUACCAGUCAGCAACCGAUGUAAUUCGGCGGUUGUUAAUUAACGUUGGAAUUGGAAAUUUGGUGUUUCCUUUUAUAAACUUGUUUGUAUUUUUAUAAGCUGAUUUUUUUCCCCUUUACUUUCUUUCUAAAGAGUUGUAUGAUUUGGGCAUUUGAUUGGUUCAAUGCCAUGUAUAAUUAACAUUGUCUUCAUUGAGAAAACUCCCCUUUUUUUAUAUGUCAUGCGAUUUGAAUUGAGUA